ACGACACUUACUUUAGUUGUGGUUACCAGUCGAGCUGAUCAGCGCGCGUCGUCUUCCUUUCCCUCGUCUCUUGUCUCCCUCCUUUUUUUUUCAGAGCUCGCGCGCUGUCAGCUCAGCCAGUCUCCAUCAAGAGAGGCGUCCACUCGCUUUUUCGUAUUUAUUUUUCUAGCCAGCCACUUCACAUCGCGUAUUUGAAUCAAGUAAUCGUUGAAUGUCCAGUAUAGAACCAUCCAGAAGACCCCCUCUUGCCGGUAAACCGCCAUUUGCAACAGACGAUCCAGACGAACUUUUCGACCAGCCACCGCCUUCUAAACGCCGUGUCCGUAAACCAGCAGAUCCUAAUCCCAACGACCGCACUUCUGCCUAUAACAUGUAUGAUCAAUAUCUUGAUCAUCAAGAUUCCUCCAACCGCCAGUCUGGUUUCGGUGCAGUCGGCUUUGGUUUCUUGAAUGGGGACUUGAGUGACGACGAGGACGAGGACGUCCUCAUGCAUAAGCCUCCUAUGGCAACUGAGUCUAAGCACGAUGGUACUAUGGAUGCAUCCCCGAUCCCCCUCGCUGCUCCACGUCCUGGUUAUCCAACACCCAUCUCAGCACUCAGCAUUGUCCAACCCCUUCCCGUGCACCGGCCUCCACAACCUAUGCCAGAUGCACUGAAAGUCAACCGCCCCCCAGCUGACAUAAAUAUUCAUCAACCGCGUAUGCCUGUCCCAAUUUACGAGACUCCUUCCCCUCGCCCAUCUGUCCCAAGCACUCCGCAUCCUCUCCAGCCUCCAAUGACCCCAAUCACUCCUGUCUUUGCCCGUCCCGCCAAGUCACCCGCCCCAAGAGAUAUACAGUACACGGGCGACCCAAUCAUUCGUGGAGGCUCAGAGGACAACUUGGUGCCGAGACGUGGCCAGAAUCGAGAUGACUUCUGGAGGAGGUUCAGCAUGGUUGCGAAGGACGAGAAGAAGACGAGCUCUUGGUUGAUAAAGACACAGACUGGGUCUUCAAAAUUGUCACGCUGGGUUUGGUUCAUUGGGAUGGUGCUUUUAGUCCUCAUUGCUGCUGGUAUCGGAAUUGGCUGGUACAUCUCUCAUAAGUCAUCUUCGAAUACGACCCCAAAGGCUAUUGGAGGCAGCGCUGAUGAAACCAUGAGCGUCACCAGUACUCAUGCAUCAGUCGCGGUUUCUUCAUCAUUGCACGUUUCGCCUACAAACACGGUUGCACGCCGUUACGAGGCUGAACCUACGCCUGUUAUUCGCAAGGUAGUGGAGGAGUUCUUGGAGGACGUUGGCCAAGUUCCAGCGGCAAAACUAAACGUGCCUGCCGGACGGAGCUGGAGACAUCGUCGCGGUAUCGAGAUCCAGUUCUAAGCUACGCCUCUCGCACUCCAUCACAUUUCAGGGACCCUCUUCCAUGAUUUAGGCUUCGUGCUCGGAUCUUCAUCUAGGUAGUCUCUGCUUCUGGUUACUUACAAGCCUUAACCCGUGCUCCAUUGUUGGGGUAUGCAUCCACAAGGAUAAACCCCUGUCCGCUCGUUUAAUCAAUCUCAUCACGGUACCAGCGUGAUGGAUCUGGAUCUGUACUCAUCAGGUGUCGCAGCUCGGUUUCUAUCGCACUUUUUUUCAAAAAAAAUUCAAGUAUACAUUCUUCACGUUCAUCCAACGAUUUUAUUUUUUCACUGGAGACAAUCUGUCCACAUUUCAUAGCCUUCGAUACCAUAUAGAUACAUUGGCACGUGGCGAUUGCUUGAGUACGGGAAUCGAGGCUGUCACCAGUUAACUUGUAUCAUUCAGCGUUCAGCAAGUACUGAGUGCUUGGGACUUUUGGAAAUGAAUUUAUUUAUUAUACCAAGU